UGACAAGUCUACAGCUGUCUGUCUGUGGCCAUCGCCAUUAAGUUCUCCCCAGAAAGAAACAUUUUACUGCUAGCCUAUUAAGUAUUUUAAAGUAUGUUUAAUGUGACAAGUAAGGAUUUGUAACAGACUCUAAACAUGGCAGAAGAAGGAGAAGGCCAGUCCCUGCAGCUUAUCCGCCCAUGUGAACUGUACCCGAAGACAGCGACUGUGAUGGAGGAGGAAGGUCUGGUUGUGCCGUUCAACCCCUUGUGUGGCGAGUUUGUGGCGUAUGUGGGGCGCACAGCUACCGGUGUGAUGGCACUUUCCAAUUACCGGAUAUAUCAUCAAGUUACUAAAUUGAGUAACACAUUCUACAACAUCCCCCUGGGUCUUGUGGAGCAAGUAGAAGUAAAGGACCUGUUCCUACAGAUUUCAUGCAAGGAUGCCACCAUAUGCAGAUUCUUGUGUACGUCAAACGAAAACUGCACAGAGUGGGUCCGCAGGAUCACAAAGGCGACCUCUCCAACUAAAAACGUGGAGGAUAUUUUCGCCUUUUCCCUGUAUGCUUGGGCUCAUGAAGAGGGGAACGAAGAGACCCUGUGCAGACUAAAUGAUUCGAAUCCAAUUGAUGUCUUCAAUUCUGAGGUUGAAAGGCUGCAGUUUGAUGUCAGUGAGGGAGGACCGUGGCGAAUCUCCGCAGCCAACAGGGAGUACGAACUGUGCAAAUCGUACCCUCGCCUGUUGUUGGUGCCAGCCGACAUCACAGAUGAAAAGUUGGAUGCUGCCUCCAAGUUCCGCAGCUCCCGUAGAGUCCCAGCUAUUGUCUGGAGACACAAAGGCAACGGAGCUGUGAUCGCUCGAUGCAGUCAACCAGAGGUGGGUCUGCUGGGCUGGAGGUCCUCAGACGAUGAGGAGCUCUCAAACUCCAUACUGAUGGCUUGCUCAAACCCGACAAAUCCCGACAAUGAUAAAAAGCUACUGAUAAUGGAUGCACGUUCCUAUGCAACGGCGUGGGUUAACCGGGCCCGAGGCGGUGGCUGCGAGUACCCAGAGUACUAUCCAAAAUGUGAAAUCCAGUUCAUGAACUUGGCUAACAUUCACGCCAUUCGCAAGAGCUUCUGUUCUUUACGCAGCAUCUGUUGGCCAUCCGUGGAUCAGCCAAACUGGUACAGUUUGCUAGAGGGAACUCGCUGGCUUCAAAACAUGGCAGGGCUGAUUCAUGCCGCAAUCACCUUGGCAAAUGCCGUUGAGAACGAUGGCCGCCCUGUCCUGGUUCACUGCUCUGAUGGCUGGGACCGAACUCCACAGAUAGUGUCGCUUGCCCAACUGCUGUUGGACCCCUACUACCGUACCAUUGAGGGAUUCCGAGUGUUGGUGGAGAGGGAAUGGUUAGAGUUCGGACACAAGUUUGCAGAUCGCUGUGGACUCAGAGAAGACAUCAAUGAGCGAUGUCCAGUCUUUCUGCAAUGGCUUGAUUGCAUUCAUAACAUUAUCAAACAAUACCCUUGUGCGUUUGAGUUGAACAGCAACUAUCUUAUCAAGCUUGCCCAGCACACCUAUUCCAACAUGUUUGGAAUGUUUCUGUGCAACAACAGCCGCGAGAGAGCUGAGCGGAACAUUGCUAACCGCACGUUCUCCGUAUGGAACAUACUGCAGGCUCCGCAGUUUGUUAACCAUCUGUACUAUCCUCAGGAGCAGGUGUUGUGGCCGUCUUGCAACAUCAGAGAUUUGGAGUUGUGGCGAGAGCUUUAUUUGGGGAGGAGUACUGGCCUUGACAACCCCCCUGUCCCUCAACCAGUUAUCUUUCCUGCAAAUGUGCAGGACACUAAUGCAAACGUUGAGGCAGAGUUUACUAAUGGGGAAGACUUAAACGGCAACGGUGAGGAGCAAAACAACCACUUGGAGGAGAGUGACGUGGGAAAACACGCAGAUUCUAAAUUGGACGAAGAUCUUGAAAAUCAAGAUCAGAUCGAUGAAAUCUUAAGCACUGAACUGAACCAAGCGUUCUCCACAGUAACGUCACCGGACGAAGGGACUGAUGAGGCGACCCAUGACCAGGCAGGAGCUUCUGUGGAGAGCUCGACUGAGACUUUACUUCCGACCAAUAACUCACCGGACAUACCACUAUCACUGGCCACUGACAAUGAUGGAGCGGCUGCAGUUCCAGUUUCAGCCUUAGCUCUAGUACCUGUCCCCGCUCGAGCUUUAGCUCUUAUCCCAGCUCCAGCUCUAGCUUUAGUGCCGGCACCUACUCGACAACAAGACGCUGGCUGCAGUCGGCAAGUUUCAACACUGUUGGACCCAGUGGACGGACUCACUUCACCCAAAGAUCCUGUCCAGCAGAGACUCACCAUGAUGGUGCAAGAGCACAAGGCCAGAGAGCUAGCCUUGGAGCGAGAGCUACAUGCCACAAGAUUGGCUUUACUUCAACAGGUCUGCCACCAGUGCAACAACACUGGAGCUCAGGAGAGACCAGAUGAUGAUGGCUCAGUGUGCAGUACGGAGGUGUCCUGGGAGGCUGUGGAGGAGCAGGAGGUGUUACCGACUCUAUGGGUGCCAGAUCACGCUGUUUCUCAUUGUAUGGGCUGUCACAACCAGUUCUGGCUCGGUCGCAGAAAACAUCACUGCAGAAGUUGUGGGAAGGUGUUCUGUGCGGAUUGUUCUCCUAACACAUUGCCACUCCCUGAAGAACAACUGUACGAGCCGGUGCGAGUUUGUGCAGAGUGCUACAAAGGACCUAGCAAGGAGCCAGAGCCGAACGUGACCACAUGCAAACAAGCCGUCAAGCAAGAAGCAGAUGCGACCACGUGCAAACAAGCUGCUGGCAACUCUCUGCUGUCUCCCGCUUCUGCACAUACUCAUGCCUAGCAUACCCCCUUUUUACUGCACACGCCCCCUUUGUUCAUUUUUUCAUUCACUCUUUUUUUUCAAUUGUAUUAAUUUAAGCGUUCUGUAAACUUUCUAGUUAGAUAUCACAUUUUUUUAAAUAUAACGUAGUUUUUGAACAUGGUUUACGAUCACAGUAGGAACUUGUAUAUCGAGAUCUUGACAACGGGAUUUUUUGACCGAUACCGGUUCUCAUGUGCUCAAUCCGGUUUGUAUACUAAGGUUUGUGACUCCUUCAAUGGUGCCUCCUCGAAAUAGUUCACUCUGCAGUUUUGUGUUCUCAAUUUUAAAUAUAAUUAUUUCCCUUCCGUCUUGUUUUGUCAUUUGUAUUAUAGAAGGAGUCCGCAUUUUUACCGAAAAUUCUCUUCUGUAACAAUUUUCCGUUGUAAUGAUUUUGCUACUAAGGUUAUAAUUGGAAUUUCAUUAUUUAAAUCGUAUAUUUACUUGUUACUACCUCUAGAGGGUUGUGAACCGAGGCAUUUUAACUAGAGAUCAGUUUGUAAAAGUGAUUCGGAGGAAACAGUGUGUACAUGACUGAACAAUAUAGUAUUUGUUGUUGUCAAUCAUAUCUCAUGUUACCUUAAACCAGUUGUUUUGUGUAUGGUGAUAUGGUAGUCACAUUACACUGAUUGUGUACAGUAUUUUUAAUAGGAGUAAUUUAUUGUUAGUUGUUUUAAUUACUAUAUAAUAUGAGUUGUUAAAGCUGAAUUUCUCAAAAUCUCCAAAAAGGAUUUAAAUUCAGUUUAGAUUUAGUUUAGAAUUAACGACUGUUCUCGUUCUUACACAAUACUGUAAGUUUUUAAACAUAUUGUAACUACAUUUUAGAUUGAACAAUAAAGUUAAUUUUUAAUUGUGGCAUUCUUUUUCUGUUUUAUUUUGGGUUUUUAGGUUCUUGAGGAUAUUAAUAUUAGUUUUUACAGUUACUUUGGCAUAAAAAUAGGUAAGUAAACAUCGCUAUCAAAAUUUAAAAACAUAUCGUCUAAUAAAUAACUUUGUGGCAUGUAAACAUACAUACAACAUGGUAACUUACUGUGAAUUUGAGUUCAAGUUAGUGUCCCAAAUUUUCAUAAUAACCUUUGUAGUUACAUAAUUAUUUUUUAAUUUAAGUUUCCAAAUUAAAAAAAAAAACAACUAAUUUAUCCAGGACCUAAGUUCUUAUAAAAUUACUAGUAAAAAUAUAUUCUGUCGCCACAAUAGUAAAUAAGUUAGUCACAAUAUAAAAACUUUUAGGGACUCAAAACAUUAUUAAUUUUGCACAUGUUUGGUACUGCUCUAAAUUAGGAAUAUUCCUAUGUAAAAUGUUUCAUUUGUGAUAAUAUUAAUACGUUUAUUUAUUUAUUACUUCACACUGAAGUGUAGGGAUUUGCAAAAUUUUGUCAAUUUAAAUGGUUGUUAUCUGUAUGUUCUUCAAGUGUUUUAAAAUGGAUAUUUAGAUUUGACAAGUUUGUUUUUUAUCACUCAAGUGUUUAAUGAACGACUUGAGAUUUGCUGCAUUGUUGAUAACAUUUUUAUUGUAUAAAAACGGUCGUAAAAAAAAAAUGCCAUAGUUUAAUGUAGAUAUUUGUAAUGAGCUUGGAAAGGUUACUCUAGAUGAAUCUGCCUUUUGUGGUAUGCAAGUUAAAUGCAUCCACAACAGUAGAUGUACUGAGGUCGGUUACAAAUAAAUGUACAUCAUUUUAUGUUA